CUUAAUAUCUAUACAAACUUGUUCAUGUUUUUCAAGAGAUUUACUUAUUCCUUUAUAAAAAAUUGUAGAUCGCUUUCACCGAAGAGGAAGUAUACUUUGUUAACUAAAGAGGUUGCAGUCCCUAAAACUUCUACGUACAUUCCCCUUAAAAACAUUAUACCAAAAGAGGUUUACCAACAAUUGAAGCCAAUUUUUAUAGAAGAGCUGGAAGCUGAAAGGAAAAGGGUCUUUUUUUUGCAAUUUGGAGAGAGCUUUGAUUUUUACGGUACACAUACUACUUUAUGGAAGGAACGAGGGGGAAGACAGCUUGCUUUACAAUUAUUUCAAUAUUAUAAGCUUAUUCCAGAUCUUUUUAGCGACUCCACUCUUCUUGAAAACCUCGAUGCAAACUUAGAAGUUCAGUUGAAGUCAAACGAAAGGAUUCUUUACGGAAGAAUUGUCCCUCCCCGGAAACUCCGAGAGAUUCCGGACGUUCGUUUUUCCCGUACAGCAAACGACUAUUACUAUACUCUCUUGUGUGUGUCUCCAGAUGAUAAUAUUUUUAACUUUCAUGUUGAAUCGCUUCGUUGGAUGAUCACGAAUAUUAAGGGAGGCGCACCAGAGGAGCUAAUCAGGAUAUCCGCUCUACAAAACGCGGAUACGGCAUGCGAGUAUCUUCCGCCCACGCCUGCGAGGGGUACUGGCUAUCUGCGCUACGUAUUUUUAUUGCUGGAACACACCAAGCGGCUCAAACUCGGCACAAUUCAACCAGGAGGGGACUUCAGUACACGCGACUUUUUACAAUCGCACGAAGCACGCAUUAAAGGGCUUAACUUUUUUCAAAGCUGCUGGGACGAAAGUGUGGAUGUCACAUACACUCAGACACUCGGUCUGCUAAAGCCUCCCGUUUAUGAGCCGAAAUCGCGCUAUCCCGGUAAGGUGAAGAGACGGCGGUAUAUGCCGAAGCCUAAAGAACCACAAUACAAGAAGACACUUCUUCGAGAUAAAUAAUAAAA